GUCCACGGCGCCGUCGACGAAUCACAAAAUGACCCUUUGAAAGGUCCUGUUGCACGCGGGAGGCCUAUCAGUAGCUGUUUCGGCCAAAUCCUCAUCUCGCCAGGUCGUGUGCUCCACUCUGGCCGCGAUGGCACAGCGUGGCGCUCGAUGGAUUGUCGCGGCGCGCUCUGUAAUCCCGUCGGGCGUGUUGGAGAUGAGCGCCAGACGUUCCCCUGGCACGGGUGGCUGCCGGCCUCUGCGCCAUAUCUCAUAUUUCAGGGCAGUUGACGGCGUUCCCGCCCCUGGAGCUUUCUCCCGCGCGACGGUGCACAAUGGGCUUGUCUACGUCUCCGGGACCGGGGCAGAUAAUGACACCGCCGGCGGGGCCGUGCCAGAGAUGACAGCGGCCGAGGAGACUCUGCGUGCGCUGGAGAAUGUCGCCACGAUCUUGCGGGCUACUGGCAGCAGUCCUGACCAGAUAGUGAGUGCAUCCAUGCUCCUGAGUAACAGAGACGAUUACGCCGAGUGUAACGCCGCGUAUGUGGAUUUCUUUUCGAAGCAUGGUGGUCCAGAGUUGCCCGCGAGAUCUACGGCUCUAUGGGGGGUGCCGACGACUGCGAAAGUUGCGUUUAGCGUGGUCGCCGUUCAGCCCGAUCCUUCUGCAGCGCAGUACACAGAGUGAUGGUUCCGACGAUGAGGUUUGCCGUGUACUAUAACAUCAUGUUGGAAUUUUGCCUGCAGGUCCGACGUUGCCAGCUUCAGGAAGCAUCGCUUGUACGAGAGUGUUAGUCUACAGUGCCGCAUGAAACACAGCACAAGGAAGUCAUGCGGUUUUCCUUUAAUGCGCGGGUAUCCUGUGAUUGCACUUCGGCGUCUCAAUCAAGAAGGUGCACGUCGACCAUGAACCAAUUGAGCCCAGCCAUGGUCGGGAUCGAGCGUUUGGAUUUCAGUGGCAGGCGGAGCAUGAUGAUGAUAUGCAGAA